GUUCUUCUCUGAAACGAGAAGGAUAUGAAUGAUGCGGGAGAAUCAUCAGAUCAUUACACAUCAAUCUGGACAUUAUUCUCACAGAGGCCGAACCGUUUUUUCAAGAGGUUACCUUCCUCUUAUGGGAAAUUGCUUUCGACAGCGUCCCAAGGCUGAUAAUACUCUUCCCUCUCACACUUUUUCCGGUGCUACACAAGUUUCUAGUAGAAGCACCCAUUCCUACGCUCAUUCGAGUCCAGUGAAAGGAUACAGUGAUAAAGCUAAACCUCAGACACUCCCCACUCCAAGAUUGGAAGGCGUCAUACUAUCCUCCCCACAUUUGAAAGCCUUCACAUUCAAUGAGCUUAAGGAUAUUACUAGAAACUUUUGUCCUGAUAAUAUGCUUGGAGAAGGGGGAUUUGGUAAAGUCUAUAUGGGGUGGAUUGAUGAACAAACCUUUGGACCUGCAAUGCCUGGGUCUGGAAUGGCUGUAGCUGUAAAGAAGCUCAAGUCUAACGGCUUUCAAGGGCAUAAGGAGUGGCUGUCUGAACUCAUUUAUCUUGGUCAACUUCAUCAUCCAAAUCUUGUCAAACUUUUUGGAUUCUGCCUCGAUGGGGAUAGUCGGCUUCUGGUAUACGAGUACUUGCCCAAAGGCAGCUUGGAGAAUCAUCUAUUUCGCAGGGGUGCACAACCACUUCCUUGGGAAACAAGGAUCAAAGUUGCUAUUGGUGCUGCUCGAGGCCUCACCUUCCUCCAUGACUCUGAACAACAAGUUAUCUACCGUGACUUCAAGGCUUCUAACAUCCUAUUAGAUUCGGAAUUUAAUGCAAAACUCUCAGACUUCGGUUUUGCCAAAGCAGGGCCCACUGGCGAUCGUACUCAUGUUUCCACUCAAGUCCUCGGUACUCAUGGCUAUGCUGCUCCUGAAUAUAUUCUUACAGGUUGGUUGACUGCAAGGUGCGAUGUCUAUGGCUUUGGGGUCGUCCUAUUGGAAUUACUAUCAGGAUGCCGUGCCAUUGAUUCAACAAAAUCCGGAGUUGAACAGAAUCUGGUCGAUUGGGCAAGACCUUAUUUGGGUGAUAGGAGGAAGCUAUUCCGGAUCAUGGACACCAAGUUAGAAGGGCAGUAUCCACAGAGGGCAGCUUAUAAAGCUGCAAUUCUUGCUCUACAGUGCAUCAGUGAGGCCAAAAUCAGACCCCAGAUGUCUGAAGUUCUGGCUGCUCUAGAACAGCUUCCACUUGCCAGAACUUCAGCCGGUUCCUCAUCUAGAUCCAGAGCAGAGAGGAGUCCCUCCUUAAGCCCCGUGGUAGAGCGAGGUCAUACAGACACAUCCUCUUUGGGACAUAAUCAUCAAUCAACAGAGAGAAGGUCUAUCUCCAGUCACUUGACUGAGAGCACUGUAAGAUCCCCUGUCAAAUCUCCCAUAGUACCGCGUAACAAGAGUGGAUAUCCUCUUCAUGUGGAUAUCACAACGUAGAUUCCUUCUUUAAUUUGUGGAUCCUGUUAGGUUUUGUGGUCUACGACUUUUUAAAAUGAAGAUUCACGACUGUGGUCCCAGGCCUAUCAUUGGAAUCAAAAUGCAUAAUCAUAAUCAAGUGAAAUUGCUUCAUGUUUCUGCAUUCUUGCAGCAAGUUUCCAGUGAUAAAGUAAUCUAUCACAAGAACUUCGGUUUAACA